UUCAUUGAUUAAUACCAAUGCAUAAGAUAUUAAUUUUAAUCUUCAAAACAUUUACUUUCUAGCAAUUACUGCUUUGAUGCUAAUGAAAUAUUUAUUGUGUGAGGUCAACAUUAAUACGGAUGUUUACGUAUGGUUACCGCUGGGCUGUGAAGUACGUGGUACGUACAAGCUAAGCUACCUUCAAAAUGGAUCGACAUAUGCUGAUAUUUGUACUAGUCGUUUGUACCAUACUCUCUGGUUGUUAUGCAAGGUCAAAGCCAGGACCCGUUCGACCAAGAAACCACUGUUUACGUUCGAAUGGAGCAACUUCUGGACUUGGAGAAAAGUGGACCAGUGAGAGAGACGGUGUGAAAGAGAAUUGUGAAUGCGUCCCCCUCGCGAAGACAUUUGACAAUCCAAGUUACCUACCCGAAGAUAUGUGGAAUACUCCCGUCAAAGUAUGCCUUCUUGAAGGGUGUGAAAGGCAGGAAGAGGCAUACAAACUGGGAACUGUUAUAACUACACGACAAGGACCAUGUACCAUGCGUGAAGAAUGUGUCGCAGGAACUGAUCCAUUUGGCCCCAUGGAUACAUUCGCUCCCCAGUUCUACUUCAAGAUUAUUGCUUUUUCAUGUGAUUAUGCUGAGUAACCGUGACAACCAAUUUUAGAUUCAUCAAACAAAAUGCGACCUGCAACAGGCGGCAUGAUGCAAAAACCCGUAUAUAUAAUGUAUCAAUCAUUAGGCUCAAUAAAAGCUCAUGCAC